UGAAACGUAAACAAUCAAAAAAUUUAUGGCGAUAUUUGUUUUGUUAAACAUAUUCGGCCUACAAUCGUAACAAAAUCCACAGCAUGUAAAUUCAAAUAAAUCGCCGGUAACGCUGUAAAUGAAGAGUUCCAUUUGAGUCAUCUUCUAAGAGCGGGGGAAUCGAGGCUUGAGCCUGCGGAGUCGCCACACCAUGUUCAAACUGGAGUCCUACAUCACUCCAAUUCUUCUGAGCUACGUGGCCAAAUACGUAAAGAACUUUCGCGAUGAGGAUGCCCAGGUGUCGCUGUGGGAAGGCGAGGUCACUUUCCAGAAUUUGGACCUGCGCCUGGAGGUGCUCGAGGAAGAGCUCAAUCUGCCGGUGGAGCUGGUUUCCGGGCACAUUCACGAACUAAGCAUCCAGGUGCCCUGGACAAAACUUAUGUCCGAGCCGGUAAAAAUUGUGAUCAACACCAUUGAGUUCGUGGCAAAGUUGCCGGACGGCGAGGGUAAGCGGCGCAGAGCCUCCUUCCAGCGGGAGCAGCGUCGACAAUCUAAGCGGGCGUCGGUGGAGCAGCCGGAUCAGCAGUCCAAAAGUCCCGGAGCGGCCAGCUCCUCCAGUGUGGUCAACAAGAUCAUAAACAACAUCAGCCUGCAGUGCCACAACAUUAUCUUGAAGUACGUGGAGGACGACAUUGUGGUCUCCAUGAACGUGCAGACCCUGAACUUCAGUUCCGCCGGCGAGGACUGGAAGCCCACAAUGGUGGACAUCCAUCCGGUGUCCGUUGUUAUGCGCAAGCUGUUGCAGGUCUCCGAUCUGACCAUCUGCCUGGACAAACGGAACACCGCCGGCCGGAUUGAGGUAUGCCAGGAGCCGGUGCUCUAUCGUUGCACCCUGGAGUGCCGAGUGCUCCGCAAAUACAAUGCCAACACGGUGAGCACCACGAGCACCACCCGCAUUGGAGUCUUUACCAAGGCGCUCGACAUCAAUGUGUCGUCUCUGCAAUUCCCCAUGGUGAUGAGAUUGGUCAAAAUGCUAGUUGAACUGAAGCCAACUGACACUGAUGAGGAUCCCCAGAAUCCGGAAGACCAGGAGGCAGUGGUCGAGGGAAACGAGGCACAGCAAAAUGAGGAACCCGCUGGUCAGAGCGUUUUUUGGUGGGCCUGGAGCCUGCUGCCUAGUUUUGAUAACGACGGGCCUUCCUCCUCCUGCGACGCUCCUAUUGGCCACGCCUUCGAUUUGGGCAUCUACGCUGAGGAGCUAAAUUUCCAGCUCAAGAACUCGGAGUAUUUCACCGAUCAGAGCAUGGGCGGCAUUAAGCGAAUACGGUAUACCCCAAUUCUGCGGAUUAGCUUGGGUGGACUCUAUUACGAACGAACUCAGCUGAAGGAGUGCGACUGGGCCAACGUCAAGGCGGGCCUUUCCAGCAUGUGCAUGGAGCCGUUAGGGGCUUACCGGAGCGACGAUCCCGUGGACCGCAACCUGGUCAAUACACAGGAAUUUUCGGAAGAGCGGUCCUUCAUCGACAAGAGUCUGUUUGACGAGAACUACAUGUUUGCCGAUCGCUCCUGGUGCAGCUACAACUACGAGGAUUACGUGGCCAGGAACACGGACGAGUACAUGCUGUUCAGAAGCCCUGUGUUAGCAUUCGACAUUAUCGAGUACAGGGUGCCGAAGCCAAGCAGUCAUCUCGCGGCGGACAGCCAGCUCAGAGACCUAGGACUUCGGAUCCAAUAUCGCUUACUGUCCGCCGGAAUCACCUUCCACUUUUCGCAGUCCUUUGCGCAGGUUAAAAAUGUAAUUAGCGAUUUAAUCCGUCCUUACGAUUACCCGGGAUAUUAUUCAGAAUCGGUGAAGGAUAAGGAACGCAGUGUCGCCGAGCAGGAUAACAAGAAUGCCGAUAUGACCAUACCGGAUUUGGAGUAUCUGAUGGGGCUCGUGCCCACCUGCAACUACAAGAUCGAACUGCGUAAUAUAGUGCUUCAGUUGUAUCCUCGCCAGCAGCAGGAGGACGCUUCUGCUAUGAACCAACACCAACUGAUGACCACCGUAAAGCAAUCGCUGCUGCCGUAUCUUCAGUUAAAAAUUUCCCUAGUUGAGGGCACAAUGUGUGGACCAGUGAAUCCGCUUCGCCUGGUUCAAUUAAUCAGUCAUCUUGAGGAUAAACCUCGGGAGGUGGUCAAUGCCUGCUACAACUGCUAUAACUUCAAUGUAAAGAAUCUAACGCUAAUGAUUUUGAAUACCACUUCGGAUAAUGACCGGGCCAAGCUUUUAAACAUUCCUCGCAUGCAAGUAAACUGGAACCGCCUACUCGCACCUCAUCUUUGGCGCAAAAAUGAAGCUGCUUUAGAGACGGCGGAAAUCAAGUCAGAGAUCAUUACUUUAGAGUUCUCAAAGCGGGAGCUUAUACUCGCUAAACGCCUAAUUCCCUUAAUUUCGAGCUUUAACGGUUCCGAGCUCUGCGAUCUGGCCCACAUUGUGACCCAUGUCAACGCUCAUUCAGAUUUGAUCAAGCUUCAAAGUUUGGGCACCAAACUCAACUUAAGUUACCACAAGUAUCACACACAUUUGGCUGCCGUAGGCUCCCUUCAAGGUAUCCAAACCGAUGCCGUCCACACCAAGAUGAACGCUCGAAAUGUUGUUUUGUCCACUUCCAAGAAUGCAAACAACAAGUGGCUUGAGAUGCAGUUACAGCUACCUCUAGAGGAAGCUAAUAAAAAACAAGAGAAGAUACCCGGUACUGUGGUAUGCCUCUGGGUGGAACCCUUUCGCAUCACCACGGAUAUCUAUCUUUUGCAGUUUCUUAACUUUUCGGAUCAGAGUGUAAAGCAGAAACCAAAGGAGAAGGAAGUAGAAACGGAUUCAGAGUCUGCAAUGCAGUCGGAACCACCUGUUACACAAUCAGUAUCUAAUUAUUCCAUGAUUUCCGCCUCAGCGAUGGCCCUAAAUGAUCUUCAACCGCGACGAAUUAGCAGGAAUGCUAGUCGAAAGAUCUCCGUUCCCGAGGAGACAGUGCAUUUGAGUUCGGAAAGAGAUGAGAGGCACACCCUGGCGGAGCCUGUAAAUAUACCCGUCAUUAGUAAGCCGCAGUCAAAUAACUUAGAUUCGACGGAUCUGGUAAAGCGACUUACCAACAUGGUAGUGCUGGUAGAGAUUGCCCAAGCCAAGAUUGAUGUUUGUGAAGUAAUGAUGAGAAAAACGCCCUCCGAGACGGAUGUAGAGUAUACCUCAAUCCGGCUGCCCCACAUAAAAGUAAAAUCAGGCAAUUGCGAUGCCAUUCAGCGUGGAAACAUCAGAGCCGUGGUUGUGGUGGCCAGCAACGCAGAGCUAUUUAACUGGGUCUUCGACCUAAACGAAUUUAAUGUGUGCUUCCGCAGAGCUAAUGUCACUGAGAUGAUUGUGGCUCCAGUUAGGACUACUAUAACUUUAGCCCUGUCCCACAAGAUAUCCGAAAAAAGCGAUUUCAGAAAAGUAGAAGGAAAAACCGACCAGGAGAAGAAAUAUAAGUCUUCCGAUUUGGCCGAACAAAACACAUACUCCAUAAAUGUACAUGUGGAUAUGUCGGACAUCAAUAUAUUUGCCCAGCGGGUAAAAUUGUUACACGAACACUUCAUGAUUAUUUCGAAGAUGUACUGUUCGAUGUGCCCGGACGAAGCGCCAUCUAAUCGGCAGGCAGCAAAAAUAAAGCCCAGAUUGGAGGUUUACACUGGCAGUGCACAAACCUAUCCGGUGAUAAAAGAGUUUCUGGAGCUGGAUCCCAACUUUGAAGCUCCCCAAAUAAAAAGUGCUCCCAAAAGCUCCCUUGUAUUGUUCUGCCAAUGGACCAUUCCCCGAAUAAGUUUUGAAAUGGAAAACUCUAACGACUCCCAGCAUAGUAAAAUCGUUAUGAUUCUGGAGGAUCUACUCUUGAAUAUUGAUAAACAGAAUGACUUCACCAAGAUAACCACCAAAAUCGAAAACUUUGGCCUGAACUACUUUGAGGAAAAACAUGAAGAAUGGGAAAAAAUAGAAGACUUUCACAUCAAAAUGCUGAACGAUAGCACAAACUUGCCAUUAAUAAGUGUGGUGAUAACCACUGUUAGCCUUCAGGAUCUUUAUGCAAAAAUUGGUGCGAGAAACCCGCAUAACAAGAAGCACACCAUCUCUGAGGUCCUGAUCGAGGUGCAGCCGAUAGAAAUGGUGCUGGACCUGGACCAAAUAACGGAGUUUAUGGUUCCGAUUUGCGAUGUCCUCGAAAUUAUGGGAAGUUCUGAAUCUAAGCAGCAAGUAAGCACGCCAUGUUCGCCUGUUGCCAGCCAGAUUACAACGGUUCAAGACUUGCCAAUAGUGCAUUUAAACAGCAAGGGAAUCUAUGUUUACCUUCCUUUAUCUACAAGCAGAAAGAGUUGCAGUGUUUUACUAUUAAGGGUCGAGAGCAUCCAGUUAACGCCCAGUCUCGAAAAUCCCCUAGUACGUCAGCUCGUACGCCCAGAUAUCUACCAAAAAGCUGCAGAGUUGAACAUGCUUAGUACUCCAGGAGCCCUGGUAGAAGAUCGUCAAUAUGAACUGAGUGUUAAGAAGGUAUCAUUAUCUACCGGAAACUGGAAGCAAACACAAAAGUACCGCAUUGAAAAGAGUUUGGCUAGCAAACAUGAUAACCCCGCCUUCGAGUGGAACAACCAAAGUCAAUCAAUUGAACUAGAUCACAUGGAGAUAUUCAGGAACUUUGACUUCAUUAUGAUUUAUGCACCAGCCAUAAGCUACGAUCGAUUUCUAGUCUGCGGCCAAAGUGUGGAGUAUAAUUGCGCGACAGAUUUUGUAGCUUCUUUGAACACCCACCAAAUAAGUUUGAUCAGUUGCAUUAUUGUACGAUUACAGCGCCUAAAUUGUAUAUUCGAUCAGGUCUGUGUGAAUAAUGCAGAGAUUCCCAAAGUCAGAUCACACAAAAUACUUGGCGAAGUAUCAGAAACCAACAGCGUGGACAACUCAGUGUACUUUUCUCCUGAUACUAAUUGUCUCAAAUCCUGCCAGAAUGCCAUUAGUAGUGUACCCGCUAAAAAGAAGCUAAAUGACAAGCAAAUUUACCAAAAUCUGAAUUCGAGCUUUGUGGAUGCAAGAGGCAGCAGUGAUAUAUUUUUCGGAUCGUGCCAAAGCGAUUCCGGUAUACACUUGGGCAGUCGUAUAAAGGGAAAUCGGCUAUCGAGUAGCUUGAUUUAUCCUCAAAGCGUAUCCUUUGUGGCCGGAACAUUUGUGCUAAAGAUUUACGAUGUGUUGGAGUUGGAGAAGCUGGAAAGACCUGUCAUGAAACCACUUUUUUUGAUGACUGUAUCCCAGCCCAGCUUCAUGUCCACCCAUAACCUCAAGGCAGCCGUGACCCAAGCCUCGAUUUUUAAUGUAAACGUAAGCAUAGCCACUCCGGAGUAUGAAGGAAAGGAGGAUUUGGAACAAUUUAAUGAGUCCGUGUUUGAUACUCUACCUGGCCAACUGGGCAGCUCUGGGAUUCCUCCUCCAUUGUUUACUAUUAAGACUCAGUUUGACCGCCUCAAUCAGAAGGAAGUCGAUGUGGAAUUACGUAAACCGAUUUUGCUGAGAAUGUGUGAGAGCAGCAUUAAGCAACUAACCAGUGAUGUAAUCCGUGUGUACUCGGUUCUGCACGAGACUCCUUGUUUUGCAGUACGCAGCCAGCGUCCCGUACCCGAAGGUUCUCAACUACACCAGAUGAAGUCGAACUGCUACAAUGCAGACCGGUUGCACAUAUCCUGUGAUCGGAUAACUGUCAAGUUCUACGAUGAAGAAAGGACCUACAAAUGCAGUUUCGUUUGCCUCGAUCUCAGCACUCGCAUCAAGUUCAGCACUCGUCCUCAGAAGGCCGUUAUAAGAUCGACCCUGGGAUCCAUGUAUGUGCAGUCCGGCGGAAAGAUGCUGCUGCAUCCGUUGUUGAUGCGGUUGUCGGUGGAUUUGGUCAGUGAGCCGUGGUGUGAUGAACUGCUGAUUAAUGCCACACUCAAGCUUAAUUUCCUGCACAUUGAUGCGGGGGUUCUUAGCAUACUGCAAUUGCAAAAGGCCCGGGAUGGAAUGAAUCGGAUACGCGAUUACGCUGAUCAGGAGUGGCAGCAGUUUCUGUACCACCGUCCCGUUUUGGGCACUCCGGAAAACCUCUCACCCUGCGACUUGAUCAAGUGCACUCCAUCAAACGAGUCUAUAGAGCGUUUUAAACGCCCCAUGAAGUCGACUGCAGAAUUUUACCAGGAUGACCUUAGAGCGGGAGCUUUCCAAUUCGUUUAUCUAAACUCCGAGUCCGUACUGCCAAUGCCCUACCAGGUUCAGAUAAUUAAGAAAAACUAUGGCAUAAUAUGCUGGCGUUAUCCGCAGCCGCGCCAAAUGACAAGCAUACUGAUAUAUCCGGUGCCCAUGCCAGUUAGCAGCCCCAUACAUAUCAGGUGUCGCAUGGAGUACUUCAGUGAAACCCAUGAAACAUUUCUGCAUUACUGUGAUUUUAUGCUUUCGGAGACCUCCACCAAGCAACUUACGCCACCAGAUCGUCCAAUCUGUGCCAAUAUUUGGAGGGUGGUUAUACUGCAAUCGCUAAUCUCUGUGGAUGGGGCUUGCUUUGAGGGAAGUGAGGAUGAAGAUCAAUCGAUCGAGUACGUUCAUGCGGACUUUAAAGUGGAUGAAAAUAACGAUUUUAUAUUGCAUCCCAAAGUUCUAGUGGGUUGUAUGCGCAUCGACACAGUUUUCAGAGCGGAAAGAGUGCCCAAGCUGCAGUUGUUGCUCUGCUGCCAGGACAUCGAGCUGAACUUCCUGAACCAGCCAGAUAGUUCUGGAGAGCUCCCACAUCAACUAAAGAAAUACAACCUAAAGCAGACCAGUAAUAUCAGUCAAACUUUUCUUACGGUGCACGUGGAGGACCUACAGAUCCACUCGACCAUAUAUUCCAGGAAGGAUUUUAGUUUGCAGACCGAAUUGAGAACUCGAGUAAAGUGCUUAGAUUAUGGAUUCCUAAAUAUGCUGGAUAUCGUGGAGCCAAUGAAAUUCACAAGCUUUGUAAGACUUACCGAUUGCCCGCGCUCUUUGGUGCAGGCCAAUUUUCUGGUGGAUAAGCUACGGGUCAACUGCGGACCCUAUGUGAUUCAUACAUUGCUGAGUUCCAAAUACCACUGGCAGGAGGUUUUACAGCAGAGUGAGAUGCGACAUGCAUUAAUGCCUAAAUGCGUUAUAGUAAAUCGGAUACAAGCACCCAUAAGCUUUGGUCAAACCGGAACAGUAGAGAAAAUCUCUGUAGCUCCUGGGGAAAUGCAGCUCUAUAACUUCCGAAGCUGUAAUCACGGACAAGAACUUACAUUCUUUAUAACAAAUCCUGAGACCCGUCUAGUUGAGACAAGUGAUUCAGUUCACAUAGCCCUGAAGUUCGAGGACGAGCAAAAGGUUCAUCAUUUGCGCGUGGGAGAAUUUUGUAUUACUCUUAAGUUGGCCAAACUUUCCGCCACCCAGAUUUAUAUUCUCGUUAAAGGGCAAAUAGAAUUGAUUAGCAUGGUACCAUUUAAUAUGAUCACAGAGUUUCGAGAGGAGGAAGUGAGCUACGACGACAAUAAACCACCGCCGGAACAUCUUCUAUUGUCAAAAGAAAGAUCAUCGUACUACCAGAAUGUAAAGCGUAAUGCAGAUAUUAAUAUGCGGCUAAAGUUAAGUGCUGGACUAGGAAGGGGGCGCACUGGAGACAUUCCACUGAAAACCAAUAACAACUUGCCUUGGCUGGUCAAGGUUCCCACACAAUCCACUCAGCAGUUCAUCAGCGUUUGGGUUCGGAUUCUGCGCGAGGACAUUGUGAUGGAAAAACCGGAUAAGGACUUUCAGCCCCAGAAGAUACUGAUCUGCAUUUGGCCAAUCUUUGAGAUAUGCAAUAUGCUUAGCUGUGAGAUUCAGGCGAAUGAAAAUACAACCGGAGAGAGCUCAACUAUUGACGCCAAGGGCGGCAAAUGGGCUCUAAAUACUGCAACCACCCAUGCUACAGAGCACACAGUUGGCUUCACGUUUUCAGGUGUCUUAAGGGGUUCUUCUAAAGAUGAAUAUACGCUAAUGCUAAGGACGAUGGACUGGCACAAGUUCUUUCAUUAUGAUCCCAACGUUUGGACUAUUGAAAAUGCGCUUCAGAAACUGGGCAAGUCAUCAAAGCGCAAGUGGCCACUAAAUGAUGAGGAAGAACUACGCGUUUGCCGGCAGUUGGAUUUUCAAAAUUCAUUUGAUGUAAAAUACCGGACAAAAGCCACUAGGGAGUUUUCUUGCUCUUUAGGAUUGGAGGUUACUGCCUGGGGCAUGUUCAUUAACGGAACCGGAUUGGACGUAAGCAUUUUUAUGAUCCAUGAGAAGGCACGCUUUGAAAUCAAAGCGAACAGUUUAGAAAUGAUGCCCAAACUCAGGAGUGCUUUUACCAUUGAUGUACCCUUUGAGCAAGGUUGGAUCACCUCGACUCCGAUUUCUUUGGAAGACUUUUCCCAAAAAACGGUUCAGAGCGCCGGAAGAUCGAUGUCUCUGCGGUCCAAUUCAUUUGUAGAUAUAGUAAUAGUAGAAAGGGAAGAGGUGCUGCGUCUGAUACUGGAAUACAGGAAAGAAGCUGAUGGACGCCGUCUGUUUAAACUGCGAUCAAAAUUUGUGUUGGCCAAUUUUACGGAUGUUGUUCUAAAUGCCUUACCUCUAGCCAUGGAUCACAAGGAGACAUCUACACGGGAAGAAGUGGAGGCAUACUCAAUUGCCAAAACAGCCCGUAGUCUUUUAUCUGCGAAUUCGACCAAGAACUGCAUUGGUACUACAAUGGACUUUUUUUACGAUCUUAAUGUCCAUAAGGCCAGGCACAACUGUGAUACGGCAUUCGUGUAUUUUGUUUGCUUUAGUGUGAGUGGUAAUCGGGAGAUUUCCAUACCUAUUCCCUUGUCUAUACCCUUCACCAGACGCUGUUUCAGUUUGCAAGCGGGGCACGAAUCCAUUCCAUUAAUGAUCACCCUGGUUGAGAAGGACAAUGUGCACUACUUAAACAUAUUCCGGGACACGGCGCCAGCCAUUGUCGUAAGCAACAAUACGAAUGUCAAGUUUAUUGUGGCCCAAACAAGUGCAUCGGAAAAUAGCAAUGUGUCCUGCACAAAUUCAGAGUUCGUGGGAAGGCACUUCGAGUGGAAUCAGUUGGUCCUGCCCCACAGCAAAUGCUAUUACACCCCUCCGCAGAUGUACUCCAACUUUCCAGACGUGGAAUUUACAAUGUGCAAUUUAUCUUUGGCGGUAUAUAAAGAUAAACCUUGUGCCAAGAACAAGAUCGCCUGGUCGAAACCCGUUCGGACUGACAAGUCCUGGCAGAAAUUCCUGCAUGUGCCUAACCACGGCGAUGUGAAGGUGGUUGUCUGUAAUAAACACCGUGCUAUUCGUCUGAACAUAUACUAUAUAGCCCAACAGUUGGAGUUUUCGGUGAAAGACUUGCGAUCACGUUUGACAAAGCCAGAGAAUAGUUUGAUGCCAAAGGAGGAGCAGGGGCCUAUGGAAUCUGAUGAAAAGUUGGAACAAGAUAAGAACACUUUUAAGGAUCCCUUGCCGGAUAUGGUAGCCUGCGCCCAUUUUAGCGAGGAAUGCGAAACCAAGAGACUGACAAGGAUCAAAAUAUUCAUCAAGAGUUUUGUGUUUAGCCUGCAGACGGAUAGCCGAGAAAAUGAUUUUCUAAAGACGGAGGUGUGUAAUAUCUAUGCCGAUGACACAAUGAUAAUCUACGACGACGACGACGAUCAGCGGGAACUGCGCUUGCAGUUGCCAAAUCUUCAAGUGGACAAUCAGUUGUACUCCAAUGGAAAAUACGAUUUUCCGGUUCUGCUUUGUGCAGAGAAACUGUAUCGACGCAACUGUAGUCUGCCGCAGGUCUAUGAUUUGGACUCUGUGUACAGGCAGCAAGAACAACGAUCUCCCGUCUCUCUUUUCACAUUUAUUUUCUACCAAGAUGAAAUGCAGCUGCAGAAUGUGCGAUGCCAGAUUCCCCCUUUUCGGGUCUACAUCGAAGAUGCGUACCUAAAUCAACUGCUGGAAGCACUGGUAGAGUGUGAACCGUCCAAUUGUGUGUAUAGUCCGCCUGUCGAACAGGAUCAAAUCCUUCUACCUGUCGGAGCAACCCUUCUACCCGACCAAGUUGUGGCCCAGUCAUUGUACAUAUCGGAACCCUUGCGUCUAAAUAGUUUUACAGUGGAGCCCCUGAGUCUAUUGCUAUCCGUCCACACUUCCUCGAGGCUCUACAUAGCAUUAGACCACUCCCCUCUUUCCUUUUCUCGCUAUGAGCGCCAGCAAAUCCUCACAGUUCCCCUCCGCUUCGGACAAUCUCUGGGACUCCACUAUCUCAGCGGGGCCAUCUUUGGAGCCGGCUGGGUGGUUGGAUCCCUGGAGAUUUUGGGAAGCCCCAGUGGACUAGCUCGCUCCUUCAGCACCGGACUUCGAGACUUCGUCUCCAUGCCCGUUCAGGGCCUCUUCCGCGGACCUUGGGGCUUCUUGGUGGGAGUGACCCAAGGAUCUGCCUCUCUGCUGCGCAAUGUGACCGCGGGAACCGUGAAUUCUGUGACCAAACUGGCUGGUUCUGUGGCUCGGAAUCUGGACAGGCUGACUUUGGACGCUGAGCACAUCGAACUGACUGAGGCCAGACGUAGAGCCAGACCUCAGGGUUUCGCCGAUGGAUUGACACAGGGUCUUACUGGAUUGGGCAUUAGUUUACUCGGCGCUGUUGGGGGAUUGGCCCAUCACACCCUGGAGGCACGUAGUUCUGUUGGUGUCAUUGCUGGCCUGACUAAGGGCAUUGUUGGUGCCUUUACGAAACCCAUCAGUGGAGCUGCUGAAAUGCUAGCUCUCACGGGUCAGGGUGUUCUCCACACGGUGGGCUUUAAUGCCAUGCCUCAACAAGUAGAGCCCAGUUUUACCAGAAAUGUGGCCCUGCACGGAAGUUCCCAUCGCAUUUGGAGUUAUCUGCCUGAAGAGUUGAGCCGCGAUCAGAUGCUUUUCUUUUGUGAAAUCACCUUACUGGUCAGCACACAGUUGCGCCCAGCUUUGUUAUUCCUAACAUCGUCAGUAUUGGCCAUUAUACAAUCGGACAGCGAAGACCUGGCCUUCGCUUCCCCCGUUUCCAAAGUGGACGCAGUGGCGGACCGCGAAGAUCCCUCAAAACUAUACUUGAGCCUCAAAACCGAGAGAAAGGACGAUCUUGAGGGACAACUGAACUAUACCAAUGAGCGCAUAAUGAAGUUCCUGAAUGCAUCGCGACUUCAAAGCAUAGUUAACGAUUCGCUAAAUGAUCUGCUCCAGCUGCAAGAACAGGAUAUCGACGACCGAAUCCAGCGGCAAUCGCAGUGCAUGUUCUAUAUUAAACCCAAUAUAGGUGAACACCUGAUCCACUAUCUAAAGGUCAUUAGUCGGAUACAGCAUUAAAACUAAAUAUGCAUCUGUACGUGAGUUUUCGGUUUAGUCUAAAGUUUUCCUAGAAUCCUGUGAAUUUUAUACCAAAAAAUCAAAAGACAUUUUUUGUUACAUUUUUGCAAUAAAAAUUAAAAAGGUA